AUGAGAACCUGCAGAUUGCAUACUUUCGGGGGCGCAGACUGCGAGGCCGACGGGUUGCGCUUCCAGAAGGGUAUCAAGAACGAGAAUUUCGAAGCCGAUACUCAAGCUGAACAAGAAGAGCCCGUCAAGAUCCUUGAGAAACAGACUACAUUUGACGACUUCAUGGUUUGGGGUCAUGAAGAGGUGCCAGCAGCCGAUGACCCUUUCGUUAAGGGUGUUGAAGAAUGGCUAAAGAUGGCCGAAGCUGUAUGUGAAACAAUCCUCGUUCGAGACCAUAGAGCUGACCAUAGAAUCUAG